GAGGAGGAGAACGCCAUGCCGAAGAAGGGGAAGACAGCGCAGGAGAGCAUCAACUCGCGCCUGGCGCUUGUGAUGAAGUCGGGCAAGUACACGCUAGGAUACAAGUCCACCCUCAAGACCCUCCGGUCGGGCAAGAGCAAGCUUGUCAUCAUCUGCAACAACUGCCCCCCUCUCCGAAAGUCUGAGAUCGAGUACUACGCUAUGCUUGCCAAGACCAACGUCCACCAUUAUUCUGGAAACAACGUGGACCUCGGAACAGCGUGCGGUAAGUACUUCCGCGUAGCCUCCUUGUCCAUCACAGACCCUGGCGAUUCAGACAUCAUCAGAUCAGCUCCAGGAGAAGCAUAAGCACAUGAAUGAAAACUCUUGUUAGCA